GGGUCCGGGUUGGAGCGAGCGUGGCGCCGCGGGCAGGUCUCGGCACGCUGCUCUUGGAGGCCGAGUGAAGAAGGCGCACCGAGCGCGCGGUGGAGCCCGCGAUCCGAGGUCGGUGCGGGGCUGGGCCUCUGGGACCCCGGAUCUGCCCGUCGGCCCGGGGAGCAGGUUGCGCGCCGCGCUUUUGUGCUUCCGUUCGCUGCUGUUCCGGCGCUGCGAGCUGCGGCCCCCACUCAGACUGGUGAUGAAGAUGGAUAAGCACAUGUUUGUCAAGUAGACAGGAGGGGUCAGUGGCAUCUGGGCCCAGGCAGCUCUGAGGAGGGACCAGACAUCCCCACCACCCAGGUUGAUACAGAGCCUCUGUUUGAGUUUCCUGAGACGUACAGCAAAUUCCUGUUGGCUGCCCUGUUUGGCUUUAGAUGUGUCAAAAGUGGAUGCAAAGCUCAUCUACAAUGAAGGCGAAUCUGAAUGUUUGAAAGGCUCCUGAAGAGAAACCACUGCAUAUACAUGUUUCAUGAAGGAGGCUCAUCCAGAGCAUAAGGCUGGUGUGCAGGUACACAGCGGAGACGCGGACACCACCGCACCUGGCCAGAAGCCUGGCUUCCUCGAGGAAAGUGUCUGGCUGUCAGCACCCCUGGGCAGGGAUAUGGCCUCAAGCUGGCUAGGGGCCAGGCGGCAGUGCCUCCGUUUGCUGAAGACGAGGGGCUUCUUGCUGCUGAAGCUCUCGGCCGCCGUCUUGGCCGUGCUUCUCUUCUGUGAAUUUCUGAUCUACUACCUUGUUAUCUUCCGGUGUAGCUGGCCCGAGCUGAAAACCCCUGAAGAUGCCGGCACCCCUGGGGCCCCCAAGGCCCCUGAACCUGUGCUCAGGGCCAUGUUCUUGGCUGACACCCACCUGCUCGGGGCCAUAAGAGGCCACUGGCUGGACAAAUUACGGAGGGAGUGGCAGAUGGAGCGAGCCUUCCAGACAGCGCUGUGGCUGCUGCAGCCGGAAGUUGUCUUCAUCCUGGGGGACAUCUUCGACGAGGGGAAGUGGAGCUCCCCCGAGGCCUGGGCGGACGAUGUGGGGCGCUUCUGGAAGGUGUUCCGACACCCGCCCCACGUGCAGCUGCGGGCCGUGGCUGGCAACCAUGACAUCGGCUUCCACUACCAGAUGGACACAUACAGAAUAAAACGAUUUGAGAAAGUUUUCAACCCUGAAAGGCUGUUUUCUUGGAAAGGAAUUAAUUUCGUGAUGAUCAACAGUGUCGCGCUGGAAGGGGAUGGCUGUGACAUCUGCUCCAGGGCAGAGGCUGAGCUCCUGGAAAUCUCUCACUGGCUGAACUGCUCUCGGGAGGAGCAUCGCCCCCACGGGUGUGGAGACAAGCAGUGGCUGCCGGCCUCGGCCCCCAUCCUGCUACAGCACUUCCCCCUUUACCGGAAAAAUGAUGCCAACUGCUCCGGGGAGGAUGCAGCACCCCCCGACGAGAAGUACACCCCCUUCAAGGAGCGCUAUGAUGUGCUGUCCUGGGAGGUCUCGCGGAAGCUGCUGUGGUGGCUGCGGCCGCGCCUGAUCCUCAGCGGCCACACGCACAGCGCCUGUGAGGUCCAACACAGGGCAGGCGUCCUGGAGGUCAGUGUGCCAUCUUUCAGUUGGAGGAACAGAAACAACCCUAGUUUCAUCAUGGGCAGCAUCACGCCCAUGGACUACGCCCUUGCCAAGUGCUACCUGCCGUGUGAGGACAUGGUUCUGACCACUUACUGUGUGGCAGCCGGGUGCCUCAUGCUCAUCAUGUUAAUCCCCACUAGGCUUGUGUCUGCACCUUUUCAUUUUGGUCAGAGGGUGCUCAGAAAAUUUAAGACCAUGUGAGUAGCAGCAGACUUUUGCUCUCAGCAGUAGUAAGUCCCAAAGCCAAAGAAAAUAAACUUUGGGAGGUGCUCAUGGACGGUGGACUACAGUGGGCCGUGAGCACCACUCCUGGGUUCCGGAUCACUUGUAUCAGGCCCUGCAGGAUCAGUGUUGUUCCCAAGCUGCAAAAAUGGGACCUGUCUCUACACCAGGUCUGUCUGCUUGUUUAUCAAGUAUGUGUGUUAUCAGAGACUCUGUACAGUAUGCAGAAGCUGCGUGUGAUCACUGGCAUGCACUGGACAGCCUCUCUUCCCCAGGACUCUUCCCCAGGAUGGAGGGCCAGCUGUAUACAUAUGUGGGGUCUGUGUCUGUUCUCCUCUGAAUGUUCUCAAGUUUCUGUUUUAUAAAGUCGUGUGCUUAAAAUAAAAUACAGAUGCUACAAGCAAGAAUAUAUUGUUCUCACAGACUUCUUUAUUUCUGUGCUAAAUUAAUGGAAUCAGAUUUUUAGAUGAGUGUAAUUUCCUC